UAAAGAUUCCACCUGCCACCUCACCUCACUUGCGCAUGUGGUCCAACACACCUAACCCCUUCCCACCAGAGACGCUCGUACAACGAGCAACGAGACGACGGACAGAAGUGGACGGCACGUUCAACACCAGUGAACUCUGGGGGGAAGAAGACUCAAUUCCUCUUCACACACUGACAUCGACAGGACAGCGUCUGUGCCCUUCUCAACGGUCUGGACUUGGAGCUACAAGAUCGCCGGGUCUGAUCAUUCUUUUUCCAGCGAGCCACGAGUCACUCCAGCUAGCCUCGUCGCCACCCCUGAACUGGACCUCUCAACCGCGUGGACCGCAACCGACUCUUGCCUUCCCCUGAAGGAAUCUUUGACUUUCCUCCCAAUAAUUGUCCAACCAACGUCACCGCUUUGUUGCCCUCUCGUCCUCCAGACUGUUGCUGUUGUCGGGCAGGCUUCGAGGCCAGGUUCGACAAUUCAAUGUCGAUGCGAUUGUGUUGAAGCCCUCAUCACUCCCGCCGAGGGACGCCGCCGUGUAGUCCCCUCCCAUGAAAUUCCGCCGUCAACUCCCUCCCUCUCCCUCUGCCAACACACACGAUCGGCACGACUCCUGCUGGUCUUGAUUAUAUUACAACUACGAACUUUUCUCCUCUUUCGCCACCCUGGCCAACAGGCGACCCGUCCUCUGCCGUAACAAGGAAGAAAAAGAACAAGAAAAAUUAUGGAUGACUAUCUGGAUAGUCCCAUGGAGGAGGAUGUCUUCCCGUGCAAGGGAUGCGGAGAGAUCUUGGAGGAAGGAAAGGCCUUUGAACUUGCCGGCAACCGUUGGCAUUUGAACUGCUUCCGUUGCAAUACCUGCGGCACCCUCCUCGACUCCGAUGCGAACCUCCUCCUACUUGGCGAUGGCUCCCUCAUAUGCAAUAACUGUACAUAUAGCUGCAACGCCUGCGGCAACAAGAUCGAAGAUUUGGCCAUCUUGACGGGCGACCAGGCCUUUUGCGCCACAUGCUUUCGUUGUCGGAAUUGCAAGAGAAAGAUUGAAAACCUGCGAUAUGCUAGGACCUCUCAGGGUAUCUUUUGCAUGAGCUGUCACGAGUCACUGAUGGCAAGGCGGAGGAAAAAAUCAAAAGCCGCUGCACAGGCGCGAACGCGAGACAAAGACUCCCCCAUGGUCGAGAAGUCGUUGCCCGCCCUCCCUCCGAGUGCCAUUCCCCCCAAUGCAUUCUCGGACGAGCGCGUCUCCCCCGACUCCGACACGCCCACAGAGCUCUCCCCCCGACCGACACGGCCGGCCCAGUCUAGGAAGGAAUCAAGAGGUAGCGAACGCCCCGCCCGCUCGCCAGAGCGACACCCAGGACUUGUCAAGGACUCUGCGCUCAGCUCGCACGCCCCCAGCUAUCGGAACAACAGGAACAGCAAUAUCUACGGCGGCCAGGCUGACUCGGUUGCUGCAGGUGCAGGCGGAGAUCGUGACAGCUACAACUUUAUCCCUAUGGUUUUGGACCCCAGCCCCGCGCCCUCCGUUUCCUCUCCACGCUCGAACCUCGAGGCGGCGGAAGCGCGCAAGACGACCGCCGACAAGGACUAUUUUGCGAGACAGGGCAACACGUCAGACAAGAAAGGCGAAGGCCGCGGCUCCCAGACAUCCACCCCGCACAUUGCGUUCCAGGAGAAAGCCAUGCGCACCUCGUCCGACUACGAGACUUCGACCCCCAAGGAGCCGUCGCGGAAGGCGUCCAAGUCAUCCAAAUCUGACAAGAGUGUCAUGUCACAGACCUCUCACGAGGAAAAGCCCAAUAGGCAGGCAAACGGGAAGCCCGACGACUUCAAGCUGCAGGACGCACCCAAGAGUAAGAAGCUCACAGCCAACAAAUCCCCCACCCAUCCCGGCAGCCUCGACGAGGAGGACGGCUCUCCCAUAGCCGCAGCUUCCGAUGAAUCUCCAAGGAAGGACAACACGACUGCCAAGCGUGACUUGUUUCCACGGACUAGCCCUGCAGAGCUAUCAGGCUCACCAGCUGUUGGCGGCGAUACUACUCGCGAGAGGGCCCCUGACACUUAUCAGCCGUCCGACACGACAACGAGCAUGAGCAGAGCGGGCGAUGCAGAGAACCCUAGGCCAAUACCCAGGAAGGAGCUUCCUGCGUCGGCCGCCGCUCGCGGUGGUACGUCCACAAAUACGGCCCUCGACACGUACAUGUCGCCCCGUGCACCCCCUCAUCCCCCGGGACCUGCUGCGAAGGAGACCCCUACCAGCGCAAAGAAUGGCGCCCAAGGGUCCCCGAACAAGACAUCACCAAAGCUUCCUAGGUGGAGUUCUGGUGGUGACUUCACCAUGGACGAGGACAUGGCUCGAAUUCUGGGAACCGACGAAGGGUCCUCUUCCAUCCUCCGACGUGUGUCGAAUGCCGUUAGGCACGGCCGUACUGCGAGCGCUGAAUCAACGCCGCAGGGACGUGGUGGCCACAACAGGAGUAUGAGUGAGACGACCCGCGGCACUACGUCCCCACGAUGGCCAAAGACUCCAGUUGUAACGGACCCGAAUGGCGACGCAAAAGACAUAAGUAGUCCGAUUUCUAUGCAGAGCGCGACAGGGGAUGAUCCUGCGUUUCUCAAGCGACAGCUGCGCAACUCAGAGCAGCGCGUUGCGGAGCUCGAGAGGCAGUUCAACUCAGAAAAGGAUCUAUUGACUCUUAAUGAAAGGCUGAUAGAAAAGAGGAAGACUGUCUCCGUUCUGGACUCGCAGACGGAGAUCAUGAUCCGCCAACUGGAGGUACUGGCUGGGUAUGUGGAGAGGGCUAAGGACACGAAGCAACCCAUCGACCCCCGCGUUCUCGAGGAUUCCGCCAUCAAGGAGUUCGUCCAGAAGCUUGACCGGGUCAAGCAGAGCAUGACAAACACGAUCGAGCAGCUGCACGCCGAGCGAGAUCUUUUGAUCGACGAGAAAAACCAGGCCAUGGCCGAUCGGGACCGCGCGCUGCUUGAGUUCGAGCAGCUCUCGUCCAAGAACGCCCAGCUUGCCGACAUGAACAACGACCUGACACAUCAGAUUCAAGGACGCUUCCGGUCGCAGGCGACGUCUGACGGCAAGCCCAAUGGCCUGGGCAUCUACGCGAACCACAAGGCCACGUCGAGCACCUCUGUGCACAACAUUGACGCCUCCAGCAUCCAGACUGGCGCUACUACUAUGGUGGGCACGGACAUGGACGAGCCUAUCCUGGAGGGCCCGACGGUCGUGCAGGUCAGGAAGGGCCAGGCCAAGAAGUUCAACUGGAAGAGGGGAGGAAAGACAGUAGCACAGAAUAUCACCAAGGUCGGUCGAGCGGUAGCUGCAUUCCAAACCAACGAGCGCGACCCACGAGCCCAGCUGCAGCCCGGUGGCCUGACGAGCGACAACAUCGGGCUCCCCUAUAACAUGACUAUGGCCAACAUGGAAGCACCAUCGACAACGCUGACCAACGGACAGCAGAACCGCGGCGCACCGAACGAUGCUCGCUCUUUUGGUUUCUUUGGCAAGACCAAGCAGCCGAUGCAGAACAUGCCAAAGUCCAUCUCAACCGCCAAUCUUGGGAUACCGACAGCUACGGUGGACGCCUCCACCACAUUGUUUGGAUCUGAGCUCGUCGAGAGGGCCGAGCAUGAACGACGCCAGAUCCCCAGCGUGGUGACCCGCUGCAUAGAGGAGGUCGAGCUUCGGGGCAUGGACUCGGAAGGCAUCUACCGCAAAUCAGGGGGCAACUCCCAGGUCAAGAUGAUACAAGAGGGAUUCGAGAAGAUGGAGGAUUUCGACAUCUCCGAUCCCAGCAUCGACAUUGCAUCUGUGACCAGCGUGCUUAAGCAGUAUUUCCGCAAGCUCCCGACACCGCUGCUCACCUUUGAUGUCUAUGAUCGGAUCCUGGAGUCCAACGGCUGUGUUGACGCCGAUGAGCGCUGUUCUCAUCUCCGCAAGACGGUCAACAUGCUUCCGCAGAAGCACCGUGAUUGUCUCGAGUUCCUCAUGUUCCACUUGGCCCGGGUUGCCCAGCGGGAGCCGGAGAACCUGAUGUCGCCCAAGAAUCUUGCUGUGGUGUUUGCCCCCAGUAUUAUGCGAGACCACAGCCUAGAGAGAGAGAUGACAGAUAUGCAUGCGAAGAACCUCGCCGUGCAGUUUAUGAUCGAGCAGAGCAACGAGAUUUUCGCUUCGGAAUAAGUGAGACCAAGGCGAGUGUCAGGGCAACUGACGGCAAUAUCAUCUUAGGCGACAAGGAGAGGCAAGGACGCCUCAAGCAUGACGAUCAAGGGGAUUGGAAUUGGAAUGGGAUGACCAUUGGUGGACGGAGAUACUAGGGAUACCACGGAGCGAAUGACUGACUGGCUGAUAUCUCAUACCUGACUGAGCCUUUGGACUGACGGCUCAGAGUCCUUGUUUGUAUAUAUUCACUUCAUUUGGUGUUGGAGUCUCUUCUGGGACGAGCAUGAGCGAGCGAAGGCAGGCAUCGUGUUUUUCAUUCUUUCCCUUGAGGGCGCGAGGCGCGGUCGACUUCCUUCCCCCCCCCCCCCCUCCUUUUUGACACGGAUGACCUCGACGCGUACACACAUAUGCGCGCCCGCCCGCGCCGAGACUCCCCAAAUGUACGACCGACAAUUUAUGUGGCUGGCUAUGCGGUGGAGACAGGACAAGAUGAAGAAAAGAUACCGAUAUACCUGAGUGAAGAAUAGAGCAUUGAGUGCGACACUACG